CUGCGCAUGCGCACUCCAGGCUCGGGUCGGGCUGCGGGCGGAGGCUGCCUUCUCGGGAUGGCUUCUGGGCGAGAUGCUGGAGACGCGCGGAUCCGCCGCCUCCUGUGAGCUCGACGAGGCUCGGUUCGGGCUCGGCCCGGCUAAAAUGCUCCGAGCCCCCACCGGGCAGCUCCCCGCCGAGGCUCCAACGCGCACUCGAAACGCCGACGGCGGCCUUCGCGACGCCCCCUGCCGUACCGUCCCAUCCUAGUGGCGCGGCCCGGCCAUGGCGCUGAAGGAGCGCGUGGAGGCGGUGCUGAACGUGGGCCUACGCGUGCCCAGCAUCGUGCUGCUGGACGUGCUGUACCGAUGGGACGUGGGCUCCUUCUUCCAGAAGAUCCAGCGAUCCGGCCUGUCCGACAACCCCCUCUUCCAGUACAAGUACCUGGCGCUCUACCUGCACUACGUGGGUUACAUCCUGAGCCUGGUGCUUCUCACCCUGCCCCGUCAGCACUUGGUCAAGCUUUACCUCUACGCGCUCACCGCCCUGCUGCUCUUUGCCGGCCACCAGGUGUCCAGGGAUUACGUGCGUGGUGAGCUGGAGUCGGGCCACGAGGGCGCCGUCUACCUGGAGCCGCUCUCCAUGAAGCGAUUCACCACGGCGCUCGUAGGUCAGCUGGUGGUGUGCACGCUGUGCUCUUGCGUGAUGCAGACCAAACGCAUCUGGCUCUUCUCGGCCCACCUGCUGCCGCUGGUGGCCCGGCUGUGCCUGGUGCCCCUGGAGACCAUCGUGUUCAUCAACAAGUUCUCCAUGAUCUUCACGGGCCUGGAGGUCAUCUACUUCCUGGCGUCCAACCUGCUGGUGCCGUACGAGCUGGCCAAGACGGCCUACCGCCAGCUGGCCCAGGUGGUGGAGGUCUACGGUCUUCUGGCUCUGGCCAUGUCCUUGUGGAACCAGCUGGUCCUGCCCGUCCUCUUCAUGUGCUUCUGGCUGCUGCUCUUCGCUCUGCAGAUCUACUCCUACUUCAGCACCCGCGACCGGCCCGCCUCCAGAGAGAGGCUCCUCUUCCUCUUCCUCACCAGCGUGGCCGAGUGCUGCAGUACGCCCUACUCGCUCCUGGGCCUGGUCUUCACCGUCUCCUUCGUCGCGCUGGGCGUCCUCACCCUCUGCAAGUUCUACCUGCAGGGCUACCGGGCCUUCAUCAACGACAACACCAUGCACAGGGGCGUGACGGAGGGCAUCACCCUGCUGAUCCUGGCGGUCCAGACGGGCCUGAUCGAGCUGCAGGUGAUCCACCGGGCCUUCCUCCUGUCCAUCAUCCUCUUCAUCGUGGUGGCCUCCAUCCUGCAGUCCAUGCUGGAGAUCGCCGACCCCAUUGUGCUGGCGCUGGGGGCCUCCAGGGACAGGAGCUUGUGGAAGCACUUCCGAGCCGUGUCGCUGUGCCUCUUCCUGCUGGUCUUCCCGGCCUACAUGGCCUACAUGAUCUGUCAGUUCUUCCACAUGGACUUCUGGCUCCUCAUCAUCAUCUCGUCCUCCAUCCUCACGUCGCUGCAGGUGCUGGGCACUCUGCUCAUCUACGUGCUUUUCAUGGUGGAGGAAUUCCGCAAGGCUCCGGUGGAGAACAUGGACGAGGUCAUCUACUGCGUCAACGGGACCUACCGGCUGCUGGAGUUUCUGGUGGCGGUGUGCGUGGUGUGCUACGGCGUGUCGGAGACGGUGUUCGGCGAGUGGAGCGUGAUGGGCGGCACCAUCAUCCUGGUGCACUCGUACUACAACGUGUGGCUGCGGGCGCAGCUGGGCUGGCAGAGCUUCCUGCUGCGCCGCGACGCCGUCAACAAGAUCAAGAGCCUCCCCGCCGCCAGCCCGGCGCAGCUGCGGCGCUACAACGACAUCUGCGCCAUCUGCUACCAGGACCUGAGCAGCGCCGUCAUCACGCCGUGCGGCCAUUUCUUCCACGCGGGCUGUCUGAAGAAGUGGCUGUACGUUCAGGAGACGUGUCCGCUCUGUCACGCUCAACUCAAGAGCCAGUCGGCCGCCGACGCCGCCCAGGCCGAUCGCGCGCCUGCCGGACGGGGGGCGGUCGGCGAGGAGAAGCCCGCAGAGGGAGGAGCCGCGCCGUCUUCGUCUCGUGCGGACCGCCCGUCCCCUUCUGACCAGUUGGACACGCCCCCCUCGUCUCUGGAGGGAGGUGACCAGGCCGGGGGCGGAGCCACACCCAGCAUCCGAUCGGAUGAUCCCGGAUCAUCCCGUCACGUCCCCGAGACCCGUGACGCCUUAAGAGGCGACGUCGUGGGCUUGUGAACUCGCACGUUCCGAGGGCUCGGUGCCCCCCCGCCUGGUCCGCUUGCCAAAACCCUUUCUGGCGGCAUUUAGAUUCGGAUGCGGUGGACCUCGACCGUUCCCGAAAAGGUCCACUGGAGAUUUCGCCAUCGGGGGGUCGGGAACGAGCGAAUGAUCGGACCCGCGGGGGGACGCCGCGGCCACGGCCGGCUCGUCUCCCGACUGGCCGAUGCCGAGCGCCAGAUUCGCAUGGCGACGCAUGCUGCGGCGUGAACGGCCGCACGUUUCCCACAAAGCAUCUUGAAGCAUCUUUCUUCCUCGAUGUGUGUUCCAGACUGUCAUUUGUACGACAUACGACUUGACCGUUGCCCCCCCCCCCCCCCCCCCCCCCGGCCCAAAUGACGCGUCCCUCCCAGCUGGUGUGAUCACUCCACCCUCCGGAGUGGGAGCAGCGGGACGCAGACGGCGCCCGUUACCUUGUCGCAGUGUUAGCGUGGUUCCGAAUGAAUACAUGCGCAAUGAGCAAUGUAUGAUGAACCUGCCAGUCCUUUGUCAGUUCUUUUUUUUUUUUUUAAGAUGUGACGUGAACUUUGUAUUGCCUUCAAGUUUGUGAAGAACUCAACCGAGGCUGCCAUCAGCACUGACUACCGAUUUCCGCUCGUGAUUUUUCAAAUGAGAUGAUGUGCCGGCUCAUUUUGGAGAUGACCCCGAAAUAAAGGAAAACCAGGUCAACUGUCAAUGAAA